AAUUACGCAAGACAGGGCGUCGUUACAUGUCGAUCAGGUUCAUCCAUUCUGGCGGACGCUCGUUAUCGGAGAGCAUGCUGUUCCGCAUACGGUUCACCGUGAACAGGAGGAGUUGGAGCAGUUUCAGAUGAUGUUUGACCAAGUGUCCUCCAGUCACCCUUCGAUCAUUCGUAGUGCUACACACAUACUUCAUGACAUGUUCAAUACAUCGUGUUUGGAUACCGAGGAACCGGAAGGGGUCGAGCGACCUAGGGGUCGACAACCACGGCGGAACAAGAGUGCGUUUGAGUACAUUCGCGGUCGUGGCCGUGGCCGUGGCCGUGGUCGUACAUCCUCAUCAAGUGGCAGCCAAUCAUCGUCGUCGGUGAAUAUGCCCGGCACCGGGAGAAUGGACAUUGAACAUUUUCCAUAUAAGGACAGGAUCCCUAAUAUCAUGAUGCCAUUCUUGGACGGGUGGAAUGAUGUCAUUGCAGAUGGUAACUGCGGAUUUCGGGUUGUGGCGGAUGUGUUUCAAAUGGGUGAAGACAACUACGGUUUAGUGCGGCAGUUGAUGUACAGUGAAAUCGCAUCAAACCGAGAUGUGUAUGGCCAUGUGUACGGCGAGGACUUGGAUAGGUCUCUGCAGCGUAUCCGGUGGGGAGGGGGACCUUGCGGUCAAAAUCAUUGGUUCGAUGCGCCACUUGAUCUCUUUGCCGUUACAUUUUAUCCGAUUAGACAUGUCACCCGAUUUUCCGGUCCCAAAUAUCAUACCGAAGUGGUAUGA